GCUGUGGCCAAUCAGGUCCUUUGUGGGUGGGACAUCGUAAACCUUUGUGACUGCUGUGAUAGUGAUCGUGAAUAAAGUCGGAGCCGAUCGAUUGCAAUGUAACGUUAUGUAACGUUACACGCCUAUCGCGGUAUUUCUGGUCAUAUUUCUUCUCCUCUGUGUGCGUCAGUACGCACUUGGGUCCGCGCGAGUCUCUAAACCGCAGUGCUAAAGUUAGCAAAUGAUAACAGUUAGCUAAGCUAACAACCUAGCUUAAAGCAUGCCGAAUUUUUGCGCGGCCCCAAACUGUACACGGAAGAGCACACAGUCCGAUUUGGCAUUUUUUCGAUUUCCACGGGACCCAGAGAGAUGUCGCAUCUGGGUGGAGAACUGCCGCCGAGCAGACCUGGAAGCGAAAACAUCGGAUCAAUUGAACAAGCACUACAGAUUAUGUGCCAAACACUUUGAUCCAGCGAUGGUGUGCAAAACAAGCCCCUACAGGACUGUGUUGAAGGAUACAGCCAUUCCAACCAUUUUUGAUCUGACAAGCCAUCUAAGAAAUCCUCAUACCAGACACCGCAAGCGGAUUAAAGAACUUUCUGAAGAAGAUUUGAGGAGGAUUAAAGAAAGGCGAUUGGCGUCUUCUGUUGAACAGCUUGCUUCCAAAAAAGCCGAGGACAGCACAGGCGCCGCGGAGGAUGAGCCCCAACUGUCCACAGAGGAAAGGGAGUUUCGUGAAUACCUGCGGUCGUUGUUUGAGGUCGUGGUCGUGUUGGGAAAACAGAGUAUCCCAUUGGCGGCUGGAAAAGCAUCCGAAGCUGAAUACAUGUCGAACAACUUCCAGGCCCUCCUUGAUUACCGCAUGAAUGCUGGUGAUGAAGCUCUGAAAAAGAGAUUUCACGCGACUGCUGUGAACACAGAAUACGUCUCUGCCACCCAGCAGAACCAGCUGUUGGACAUCUGUGAGAACACGGUGAGGGAGGAGAUGCUUAUGGAGGUGAGAGAGAGCCGCUUCUUCUCCCUUGUCACAGGUGACCUCGUUGAAUUUGCAGAUGAGAAGCACCUGCCUUUAUUUUUACACUUUGUCAAUCAGCACAACGUCCUGAGAGAAGAGUUUUUAGACUUUAUGUCUUUUGAUGGGGAUGAGUCUGCCCUGGUAGAGCGGCUGGAGGCCCAACUGACCGACCGCUGGGGCCUCAGCAUGGAAGACUGCCGCGGUCAGGCCCACAAGGCCACCGGGACCUCCACCACCAAGAUGAAAGCUGUGGCUGUGCUACUGAUGGAGAAGUAUCCUCUGGCAUUGCACAUGCCGUGCUCUGAAAUGGCACUGAACGUGCACCUGGCCAACAGUCUGCCUUUUCCCAACGUCCAGGUCGUCAUGGAGACACUGAGAAGGAUCGGCGCUUUCUUUAGGACCCCGUUCACGCAGGAUGAACUUGAAAAGGCGAUCUCCACUCACUACCAGAAAAAUGAGGAGAAAGGAUCUUCGCUAAAACAAGCCUGUGCCUCAGGCUGGACGGAACGGCACAAUGUCUUUGAUGUGCUGCUGGACAUGUUGCCGCCCCUGCUGCUGUGCAUGGACAGCAUCCGGGACAACGACGAUGGAAACUUUGCCGACACGGUCACAGCGACUGCGUAUUCAGUCACAGAAACUCUGUCCGACUUUGAGAUCGUCGUCACCGUGGUCAUCUUAAAAAACGUUCUCACGUUCACCAGAGCCUUCGGGCGGAAUCUCCAGGGUGAAACGCUUGAUGUGUUUUUUGCUGCCAACAGCCUAACCGCUGUCCUACAUUCACUGAAUGAGGUCAACGAUAACGUCGAUGUCUACCACGAGUUCUGGUAUGAGGAGGCUGUGAGUGUGGCCAAUGUGAUGGAGAUUCCUGUGAAGGUGCCGAGGUUGUUUCUGAGGAAACAGCGUGCAGCCGAUGUGGGGGAAAUCCAAAUCGAGGCAUAUUUUAAGGAGUAUGUGACCGUCCCCAUUAUCCAUGGCAUCAUGCAGGAGGUGGAGGACAUGUUCUCUGAGACCAACCUCAAAGCUCUCAAGUGCCUGUCGCUGGUCCCAGCUGUCAUGGGGCAGAUGAAGUUCAACACCACCGAGGAGAACUACGCAGACGUGUACCGCGGCGACCUCCCCAGCCCCGACACACUUCUGGCAGAGCUCCACUGCUGGAGAAUCAAGUGGAAGCACAGAGGCAAGGAGGUGCGCCUGCCCACCACCAUCCAUGAAACCCUUCAGCUGCCGGACGUCAAGUUCUUCCCCAACGUCAACGCUUUCCUCAAGGUGCUCUCCGCCUUGCCAGUGCUGAAACUGGAGGACAACAAAGGGGACAAAGCGAGUGAACGGCUGCAGGCCCAUCUCGACAGCGUGCCCGCCAAGCAGUGGAACAAAAGUCUGGCGAUGCUCAGCGUUAAUACUCACGUCAAACAUGACUUGGAUGUCAUGGUCGACAAAUAUUGCAGACUCUAUUCAGAGGAAGAUCCUGAAGCCGAGUCGGAGGAAGUGGCGGAGGCAGAAGCCGAGUCGGAGGAAGGGGCUAAGACAGCAGCCGAGUCUGAGGAAGGGGCGGAGGCAGAAGCUGCCAUGAAAUGAUUUGACACUGGCUCUGAGCUCACAAGGAAGGUUUUGUGGACAAAAAUAAAGUAAAUGGAUUGGCUGCAAGUCAUAAGCAUCCUCAUUUGGGUGCUCAUUUAUGUUUUAGUGUAUGUGCACAUGGAUAAGAACUAAUGGACAUUGUUGCUUUUGUUAAGAAGUGAUUGAUUCCAUUUUUUCAGUCCCUGAUGUUUUCCAGAAAAAAUGAAAUGACCAUUGUUCUUGUAUGUAGUAAACAAAUAAAAUUGUAAACUGUAAAUAUGUAGGCAAAGAAGAAACUCCAAUAAACUGCUCACUGCUGUCUA